UUAUAAAGUACGCAAUUUAAAAAUACAUUGAAUAUAUCUAUAUAUAGCAAGUGAUGCAAUAAGCGCAUGAUAAAGAAUUAGACAAUGUGAUAAAUAAACCAGUGUGUUACAUAAUUAGAAACCGCUUACAUCGAGGCAACACAGAGGAAGAAAAAAGUAGUUUACAAUGGAAUUACUGAUGUCUACACAUAUUUUAUUUUAUCAGUCAAUACCUAAUAUAAUUACCUAUAUACAAACAAUUAUUUGUCUUUUUGUAUGAGUACACAUCAAGUAUUCAUGGGAUUAUUAUAAUUCUUAUUAAUAAAAAUAAUAAUAAUAUUGUUAAUAUUAUGUCCAAUCUGGAUUUCACAGAAUUGGAUCAAUGGUUGAAGGAUUUAAAUGCGCUACAGUCGGAUUUACAUCAAAUUCGUGUCACUAAUCAAAGAGACAAUCAUAUCAAUCGAAAUCAUAAUGAUAAUAAUAAUAAUAACAACAGGAAUACUGAAGUCGAUUAUUCAACCUAUAGACAUUCAUCACAUCAUGUAGGCGAUCCAGUUCAACCGAGAAGUGAUAUUAACUCAAUACACAGAACAUAUGAAACUAUACAACGAAAUAAUACAUGUAAAACAAAUUUGUCAACACAAAGACAAUAUCAACAGCAACAACAACAAUCAAUUGAUAAUCAGCUGAAGAAACCACAAAGAAUUACAAAAGCCUCCAGUUCAUCAUGUGAAUCACGUAUUCUUGGGAAUCGUCCUGUGAGCUUAGACAAUCAGUAUAAUAAUAAUAACAAAAUUUACUCAAAACGUGAUGACUAUGACACUCAAUGGUCAAAUAAGGAUAAUAAAUAUUCACAAUCAGUAUUGCAUAACGCAUCACAUCAAUCACGUAAUCCCCUGAAUAAUUCAGUGAAUAACAAUAACAAUGUGAAUUAUGGAAUAACACAUUGUCCAGUUACUAAGUCUGAUUAUCAAUUACGUAAUCAUAUAACAAAAGAACAAAAAUCUGUUCAUUGGUCUGAAGAUUUAGAUAUCACAGAUUCGAGUAAAAAGACGGUGGUCAACUCUGCCAACAGUCUGAGCAACAAUAUCAGAGUUACUCCGAUUAGUCCCAGUAUUACCCCUACUCCUCCUCCUCCUGCAGCUGCUGCUGCUAAUGCCGCUUCUGCUAGUAGUGGUACUACGAAUACUACUAUUUCUACUGCUGCUACUACUACUACUACUAAUGCGCCUAUCUUCCCGUCAAGUACUUCUAGUGGUUACACUAAAAGUUAUCGACCAAGUCCACCUUUAAAUGAUACGAAUACAGUGAAUCUCAGGAGAAAAGAACCGCAACCACACUCGCCUACUUCUAAUCUAUUAAAUCCUUCUUCAACAACAAGAAAUAUCAAUGAUUUUCUUCGAAAAAGAUCAUCCUCACCAUCUAGCACUACAAAUCCAUCUAAUCCUAUAGCUAGAAGUCAAAGUUUAUACGCUUAUCUAUCUAAGCAGAAUGAAGUGAACAAUAAGCCAGUUAAACCUAACACCCAAUCUGUGAUCAGCGCAAUUCCACCUCCAAAACCACAAGACCCUCAACCAAAACUACCCCCGAAACAGUCUACUACAAAUGCUAAUAAUAUUAAUUGUUAUUAUGCUAGAGGAGACAGCAACACACCUGAUUAUUCCAACAUUCAACGAUCAGUAUGCUCAUCGCUGUACGGAGCAGACAAUACACUAAUCUCAAAUGCAUCGGCAACAUCCCAAGUAACUUCGACUAAUGCAAAGCCUACCUCACCAAGUCUUCAAAAAUCUACAAAUCAGAUAAAAUAUGACAGACCUACCACUGACAGUAAUCAAUCUAAUGGACCUAAUCUUAGCUUACAAAUCUAUCUACCGGACCGGACAAGUCGUUAUGUCUCUGUAAAUAAUACAACAACUGUACUGCAAACUUUACAAAAUUUGACUCAAUCAAAUCAAAAAAUUCUUAAUAUGAGACAUGCUUUAGUGGAAAGAAUUCCUGUUUUACAAAUAGAACGUUGUCUUGAAGACGAUGAAUAUCUGUUGGACUAUCUACUCGACUGGAAGACAGAAAAUGAAAAUCUUAUCUUCUUUGAAGAACGUCAAGAUAUGUAUGGAUUGUUUGAAAGUCCAAAAAAUUGGUUGGGUGAACAUUAUACUACUACGAAUAUUAAUUCAAAUAAGAACAUUUUCAAUCGAAAUGAAAGCAUCACAUUACCAUCACAUACAGAUCAGUUAUAUCUACGUAUUGGUGAAACAAAAUGGAAAAGAAGAUAUCUUCAUAUAAAUCCAGAUGGUUUGUAUUUCAGUAAACAAAAAUCAGUCGAUAAAAAUUCUCUAAGACGUUUGAAUAUAUUUCAACCAAACUUGUAUUUAUUUUGUACAAUGGCUAAUCAAACUAAUUCAGAAUUACCUACUCCAUUUCGACUGGUUAUACGGCCUAAUUCAAGUCAACAUGUAGAUCCUCGGAUGACUGUUGAAAUGUGUGCUCUUAGCGAAGAUUCAUGGAAAAUAUGGUAUUCCCUACUUCGUAUCGCUCUGUUUGGCAAAAGACUAUACACUAAUUAUAUUGUCAGAUCAGAUAUUGUGAAAAUUCAUCGUGAAAACUGUUCACGUAUGGACUAUCAACUCAGGAAUUCAUCAAAUUUUAGCUCAAUCACCGACAGACCAACAUCACUAGCUACAUAUGACUUAGAAAAUGAACAGAUACUAGGCGAUGUACACUCAUCUCUUGGGCCUAGUUCAAAGACAAGUUCUAUAGAUAUCGGGUUUCCACCAAAAUCAAGCAGUUAUAGUGUAACUGAUCUAAGUAAACCGCUGUACUUGAAUUCCUCAUCUAUGAAUGGUAAUCAUCACCAUCAUCAUCAUGAUUAUCGACCAAAUGAAGCUUCAAGCUUGACUAGUCUAACUCUCUAUCCAAUACAAACAUCAAGAGAUCAAUCAGGGAAUCGUCAAAGUCGACUGGAUAAACGAAAUAUUAAAUCAGUGAAAAAACGUAUCUUUGGGUCUGGACCAUCUGCACGUCGGUGUACACGUUCGAUUAGUCAGAUUAGUUCACCGUUUAAUAUCACUUUACCACAAUGGAUGCGUGCUAGUUAUGAAGAUAAAGUGAAUGAAAGAUUUAAUGAAACAGUAUUAUAAAAUAUUAUUAUCAUUAUUAUUGUUACGUAAUCGAAGCAGUGAAUAACACUCUUCUUCUUCUUCUUUGCAUUCCAAACUAUGUUUGUAUGUAUGAUGUGUGCACGUUAUUUGUAAGCAAAUACCUCUGUAAUGUUUAGUUAUCGUAUCAUGUCUACAUUCAUUCUCUCAACACCUACAACAACAACAAUAAAAACACAUCUAACAGACAGCCUUUUACCUGUCAAAACGAAACGAAACUUAUUCAAAGGAUACAAGUGAAUAUAUAUAGACUGGAUCCUUGGAUAAGCUGAUGUACACGCGCAGAUGCAAACACACAAACACGCACAUACAAACACACACACAGAGAAAUAUCAAUCGCUUACUCGCUUUCAGACUUACCACUUUUUGUACAAUUUGAACAGAUGCCUAACAUUUUCUAAAAUGAAGGUAAAUGCAGCGCAUUAUUACACAUGAAAAACUCACUGUGUAAAGUGAGUGUUUAACAAAUGCAAAAACCCUACAGAUUAUAAAUUAUUACUAUUAUUAUAUAUAUAAAAGUAUUGUUACUAUAAAAAUUCUGUUGAUAACACAAUACAAGAGAUAUGAUACACUAGAAAAUGUGAUUUAUUGCCAGAAUUCCUAUAUUUAAUUCUUACUUUUUAUUCGUUUUCUCCCUAAGAUUUUCACUUAUGAUACUAAAUAAUCGGAUAUAUACAUAUACUACUUAUUUAAACUACUUAUAAGCAUCAAACUUUUCAACAGAAUACGGAUCAUUAUAUUAUAAACCACUGACUGUUGUACACGCACAAAAACUUGCAUACAUACAUCUAAAGGUGGAAAAGUGAAUACAGUUUUCUAUUUUUCUGAAAUAUUUCUUUCUACUACUACUACUACUAUUACUCAUGUUUUAAUCUCAGUUUUGAGAUCAGAUUUUUUUAAUUUCAUGGAAAGAUUUUUAACUGUACAUAUAUAAAAACACCGACAUCAACCGACUCAGAAUACAUAUACAUAUAUACCCUAUGAAAGGUAAUAUAUAAAUAUAUAUGUAUCUUAAAAAUUAAAAACGCCCG